UGUGGCAGGUGCGCAGCGAGGAUUUAAUCUCCUCUUCAUAGUCGGUGGCGGGUGUUCCUCCGAGGACAUGGGCCUGCUCAGCUUCCUGUCGGCGGCCAAAGAACGGGCCGAGAAGUUCCUCAACGAAAAGAACCUGGUCACCGACUUCCUGGGCAAGGUGGAGGAGAAUACCGGGAUCAAGAAGAAGAUCCUCGCCCUCGGUGCCGUCUCUGUGACUGGAUUCUACCUGGUCUACGGUUACGGCGCCUCCCUGCUCUGCAACCUCAUCGGUUUCGUCUACCCGGCGUAUUACUCGGUCAAAGCCAUCGAGAGUACCAACAAGGAAGACGACACAAAAUGGCUGACCUACUGGGUGGUCUACGGAGUCUUCAGUCUCGGGGAGUUCUUCUCCGACAUUUUCCUCUACUGGUUUCCCUUCUACUACGCUUUUAAGUGCUUGUUCCUGUUGUGGUGCAUGGCUCCCGUGGCGUGGAACGGUUCCCAGGUCCUCUAUAACCGGGUGGUCCGACCCGUUUUCCUUCGCCACGAAGCCACCGUGGACAACAUGGUCAGCGACCUCAGCGGAAAGGCCAUGAGCGCGGCGGAGAACCUCACCAGAGAAGUUUUGUCCACUCUGGUGAAGAACAAAGGCCUGGUGUCACCCGAAGCCAAAAGUCUGCCGAGUGCGAGCGGAGAAAGUUCUGCCGGGGGAAAAAAAGUCAGUGAGCCAGCGCCUUUCAUUGGUUAACAAACAGAUGGAGUUUCCGAGCGCCGGUCGGUCGCCCUACCCAAGAUGGCUGCCAGCUACCCAUCUUGUCGAUUCUAUGACCUUGUGAAUAUAAUCGGUUGAGAAAAGAUGCUAGUUCUGACUUCAUUUGAAUGUCAGUGCAUUGACUUUGGUGGGGAUGUCGCCCCUACCAAGAUGGCUCCCAUAGACGCCGUCUUGGGAGGGGCAAUGACACGUCAUGCAUUUUUUAUCAUAUUGAGUAUUCCAGGUUGCUUCCUGUCAAUUUUAGCCCACCUCCUGUUUAUUUUAGGGCACAUCCUAUUGAUUUUUGGGAAAAUCCAGGUCACUUGUCAAUCUUGGGUCACUUCCUGUUGAUGUUGGGGCAAUUCUAGGUCACGUCUUGUCAAAUCUCGGGCCACUUCCUGUUGAUUUUGGGGCAACUCCAGGUCAGUCUCAUUUUUGGGUCAGUUCCUGUUGAUUUUGUCGCAAUUGUAGGUCACUUCCUGUCAAUUUUGGGUCAAUUCCUGUUGAUUUUGGGGCAAUUCCAAAAUUUCCUGAAUUACUGAAUUUUCCCUAUGAGGGAGUAAUAAAGUCUUAUCUUUCUACCUGUCAAUUUAGGCACCUCCCUAUUGCUUUUGAGGCAAUUCCAGGUCACUUCCUGUCAAUUUUGGGGCAAUACCAGAUCAUUUCCUAUCAAUUUUGGGUAACCUCCUCUUGUUUUUAAAGCAAUUCUAGGUCACUUCCUGUAAAUUUUGGGUAACUUCCUGUAAAUUUGGGGCAAUUCCAGGUUACUUCUUGUCAAUUUUAGGUUCACUUCCUGUUGAUUUUGGGUCAAUUUCAGGUUACUUCUUGUCAAUUUUAGGUUCACUUCCUGUUGAUUUUGGGUCAAUUUUAGGCUACUUCCUGUCAAUAUUGGGUCACUUCCAGUUGAUUUUGGGGCAAUUCCAGGUUACUUCCUGUCAAUUUGGGGUCACUUACUGUUUGUUUGGGCGACUCCCUGUUGAUUUUGAGGUAAUUCCAGCUUACUUCCUGUCAAUUUUGGGUCCCUUCCUGUUGAUUUGGGGCAAUUCCAGGUUACUUCCUGUCAAUUUUUGGGUAAAUGGUGUUAUACUUAUAUAGCGCUUUUCCACCUUUCAAGGCGCUCAAAGCGCUUUACACUAUCUCGCCAUCUACCUACUGGCGACGCAGCACCAGGAGCAACUUGGGGUUCAGUAUCUUGCUCAAGGACACUUAGGCAAGGUCAUCAGGGUGGAGAAUUGAACCCACAACCCUGGGUUGGGGGACAACUACUCUACCACUGAGCCACGCCACCCAUCCUGUUGAUUUUUUCUCAAUAGUAGGUCAAUUCCUAUCAAAUUUGGGGCAAUUCCAGGUUACAACUUGUCAAUUUUGGGUCACUUCCUGUUGAUUUCGGGGCAAAUCCAGGUAACUUUCUAUCAAUUUUUUGGUAACUUCCUGUUGUUUUCGAUGCAAAUCUAGGUUACUUCCUGUCAAUUAUGGGUCUCUGCCUGUUGAUUUUGGGGUUACUUCCUAUCAAUUUUGGGCAACUUCCUUUUGUUUUCCAUGCAAUUCUAGGUCACUUCCUAUCAAAUUUGGGCCAUUUCCUGUUGAUUUAGGGGCAAUUCAAGGUCACUUCCUGUCAAUUUUGGGACACUUCCUGUUUAUUUGGGAGUAAUUCCAGGUUACUUCCUGUCAAUUUUGGGACACUUCCUGUUUAUUUUGGGGCAAUUCCAGGUCACUUCCUGUCAAUUUUGGGUCCCUUUCUGUAAAUUUUUUCAGGCAUUUAUGUGUCACAUUCUCUUACUUUUAUGUCAUAUCCGGGUCACUUCAUGAUUUUUUUUCACUUCUUUCAUAAAAAGUAUUACUUUAAAAACAAAAAAUGUCAAUGGCGGUAUAAUAAGUCAUAUUUGUUGUUAUUUAUGUAGUCAUUAUUACUGUAAACACAUAUAUUUGUCAUCAAUUUGAUUAUUUUGAAGUUUGAUGUUACUGGAUUCAUGCAAUAUUUGAUCAAGCUUUCCAAUGUAUAGUUCCAUUGUUUUAUUUUGUCAAUUGCUGUUGUCUUUCCGUUUCUUGUUAUUGCUUGACCUGUUUAUUUAAAUAUUUUUUUUUCAAAAACUCUUCCAAAAUAAA